AUAGUAAAUAAAUAGUGUACCCAACAAAUACAAGUAAAAUGAUUAUAGAUACAAAUUAAUUUAAAAUAAGAAUAAGAAGAAAAUGAUAGGUAUUUUAAAUGAUUCCGACAGUGAAGAUGAAUUACCACCUGGAUGGGAAGAAAUGACAACUGCUAAUGGAAAUGUCUACUACGUAAAUCACUACACAAGAGGCACACAGUGGACACAUCCUAGAACUGGUCGUACAAAGAUUGUUGAAGGGGAAUUACCAUCUGGAUGGGAAAAACGUGUGUCAGAAGAUGGUCAAGUUUUAUUUGUUGAUCAUAUGAAUCAUACAACAACAUAUACUGACCCACGACUUGCAUUUGCUACGGAAUAUAGGGAAUCAUCACAGCCUGUGAGACAACGUUUCGAUGGUAGCAGUACAGCAUUAUCUGUUUUAUAUGGUCGAGAUUUAAGAGGCAAAACUGCUAUAGUUACAGGUGCUAAUACCGGAAUAGGAUUUGAAACUGCUAGAUCAUUAGCUCUACAUGGAUGUAAAGUUAUUUUAGCUUGCAGAGAUCUAAAAAAAGCUACAGAAGCAGUAAAAAAAAUAGAACAAGAAAGAGAAAAUGUAGUAUGUGAUACAUUACAUUUGGAUUUGUCAUCAUUAUAUAGUGUUAAAGAAGCAGCGGAAAAAUUUAAGCAAAAAUAUAGAACUCUUGAUAUUCUUAUAUUAAAUGCAGGAGUGUUUGCAAUACCUUAUCAACUUACAAAAGAUGGUUAUGAAACCACAUUUCAAGUAAAUCACCUUUCUCAAUUUUAUUUCACCCUUUUAUUAGAACAACCAAUACAAAGAUGUCCCAAUUCUAGAGUAGUGAUAGUUUCAAGUGAAUCACACAGAUUUUCAUCUUUAAAAACAGUAGAAGAUUUUCAUCAAUUAACUUUAUCUCCCCCUGCAUAUAAAUAUUGGUUCAUGGGAGCAUAUAAUAAUUCAAAACUAUGUAAUAUUUUAUUUGCACAAGAAUUAUCAAAACGUUGGCCCACUGUACAUAUUUUUAGUUGCCACCCUGGUAACAUGGUCUCUUCUUCAUUGUCUCGUUAUUCAUGGACAUUACGAUUAUUAUUUACAUUUGUUCGACCUUUUACAAAAUCACUGCAACAAGCUGCCAGUACAUCAGUCUUCUGUGCAACUGCACCAGAAUUAGAAGGAGUAACUGGAUUUUAUUUCAAUAACUGUUAUCGUUGUGAUGCAUCAAAUACUGCAUUAGAUCCUGCACUUGCAGCAAGAUUAUGGUCUGUUAGCCAAGAAAUGAUCAUUAAUAUUAUGAAAAAAGACAAACUUUGGGAAACAUUAGCUUUAAAAUGA